AUGUCAAAUAACAGUCUGGCAGGUCCCUGUGACAGUGACCAGAAAAGGUCCAAUAAUGAACUGUCAGGUCCCUGUGACACAGACCUGAAAAGGUCCAAUAACAAUCUGUCAGGUCCCUGUGACAUAGACCUGAAAAGGUCCAAUAACGAACUGUCAGGUCUCUGUGACAUAGACAUGAAAAGGUCCAAUAACGAACUGUCAGGUCUCUGUGACAUAGACCAAGGAAUGUCCAAUAACAAUCUGUCAGGUCCCUGUGACAGAGACCAGGGAAUGUCCAAUAACAAUCUGUCAGGUCCCUGUGACACAGACCUGAAAAGGUCCAAUAACAAUCUGUCAGGUCCCUGUGACAUAGACCAAGGAAUGUCCAAUAACAAUCUGUCAGGUCCCUGUGACACAGACCUGAAAAGGUCCAAUAACAAUCUGUCAGGUCCCUGUGACAUAGACCUGAAAAGGUCCAAUAACGAACUGUCAGGUCUCUGUGACAUAGACAUGAAAAGGUCCAAUAACGAACUGUCAGGUCUCUGUGACAUAGACCAAGGAAUGUCCAAUAACAAUCUGUCAGGUCCCUGUGACAGAGACCAGGGAAUGUCAAAUAACAAUCUGUCAGGUCCCUGUGACAGAGACCAGGAAAGGUAA